AUGUAUAAUAAUCAAGGAGGAUACAACAACAACAACAAUCAAGGAGGUUACGGUGGUGGAUAUAAUCAGGGUGGUGGUGGUGGAUACAAUCAAGGUGGUUUUGGUAAUAACAAUAAUAAUAAUAAUAAUAGACAAUAUAAUUCAGGUGGAGGUUAUAACAGCAAUGGUUAUAAUGGUAAUAAUAUGAAUAAUAAUAAUGGAUUUAAUAGCAAUAGUGGUGGAGGUAUCGAACAAGAUGUUCAAAUGAAUCCGGAUUACCAAGAUACCUCAAGAAAUAUUCAACAAAUGCAAAUUGCCAUCAGUACAUUAACUAAAUUAGUACAACAACUUGGAACCCCAAAAGAUUCUAUGGAAAUUAGAGAUAAAAUACGUAAUUGUGUAGAAUCAACAACAGGUUUAAUUCAUAAUUCUUCAAAUAAAGUAAAAAAUCUUUCGUCAUUAUCUAAAAGUACUCGUGAUUCUAGAAAUAAAUUAUUAUAUGAUAAAUUAUGUAGAGAAUAUAAUCAAUGUAUACAACAAUUUAAAGAAAUUGCAACCACUGCAUCUAGAAAAGAAAAAUCAACACCAUUACCAACCAACAAUCCAAACGAAUCACAAAACCCAUUUAAUAACAAUAAUAACAAUAGAAAUAAUCAAGCUAUUUCUAACAAUAGCACUUUUCAGGGUGGAUAUUAUGAUGAACAGGAAGAUGAAUCACAAAGUUUAAUGGAGUCAUCACGUAUGCAACAAUUAAAACAAAUUGAAUCUGAAAGAGAAUAUCAAAACUCAAUUAUUCAAGAAAGAGAUGAAGGCAUUCGUAAAAUCGAACAAUCAAUCGUUGAAAUUAACGAAAUUUUCCUUGACCUUUCAAAUAUAGUUGCAGAACAAGGUGUCAUGAUUAACACAAUCGAAGCAAGUCUUGAAUCAACUGCUAUGAAUACUAAAGAGGGUGUUGUUCAUCUUCAAAAAGCCAGUCAACAUCAAAGAUCAUCAAGAACUAAAAUGUGUUGGAUUGCUCUUAUUCUUUUAAUUGUAGCUGCUGUUCUUGGUAUUAUUUUAUUCUUUACUUUAAGAAAAUAA